AGAGAAGCACCCAAGAAGCCACCCAUUUUGCCAUCCUGGAGGGAGAGGAGCACCCUACGGAGCACCCAGACACUUUCAUGAUGAGUGUGAGCGGGACCCUGGAGAAGGGAGCACACCACCAGGCAGUGGACUUGUCCGAGGAGCUGCCCCCCCACCAUCAACACCACACUCCCCCUCACCUCCUGCACCCUGCGGGGGUGGACAGGGAGAGCCCACGGGUGGUAGUGCCUCCCCCGUACUCUGCAGCAGACAGCGGAGGAAGCGAGGGCCCAUUGGAGCUCAGAGGAUCUCUGGAUUGUUGGGCCUGCUCUGUGCUGGUCACAGCUCAGAACCUGCUCAUCGCGGCCAUCAACGCCUGCCUGGCUGCCCUGGUGUUCGGCUUCAUCCUCACCCCUGCAGUGGUUAUGGUGCUCUUUGGCUUCCUCUGCCACUCCACAGUGCGACCCCACGACUCGGCCCCAUACUGCUCGGAGUUGAUCACAGAUGGGGGCUGUGUGGCUCUUCUGGUGGUGGGCUUCCUCCUCAUGACCCCUCUCCUGGUGCUGGCCCUGGCUGCAUACUGCCGCCUGGCACGACACCUCCAGCUGGGGCUCUGCUUCAUCCCCUACAGCCGCGCCGUCUACAAGAACCUACCCGCUGCUCACCACUAUGGCUUGGGCCCCUGCUGUGGGGGUCGCCCGGGGCCCCAGGCCGCUAAGGCUAAAGUGUGGGUGUGA